AUGGAGAAGACGGCAGUUGUCUCGCGCGUGCGGGUAUUGAACUUCCAACACGUUGUACAACAGCUGAUCGGCCAGCCACUGCGCUACCGUGCCUACUUUGAUGAGAAAACAGUAUUGUCUAUUGAUGCUUGUUAUCUAGGCAGAAUGGCUUACAUUAUCUGUAUGGCCCGAAUGACUGGGUUAAAUAACUACCAAAUGGCUCUGGGGACGUUGGUACCUAAUGUAACUAUUACGAGGACAGACAGUCAGACAGCCAGGUACAGGACUAAUAACUGUCGGAUAGACAAUGCCUACAGACCGAUCACAGACCGGACACCGAACCGCCACGUAUUUCAGAUCUAUGUGACACAGCAACUCCUCAGUCAGUCAGUAAUGAGUCAGAGAUUCUUAGCAGAGAAAACCGACAAGCCACAUCACCUGCUGUGUGAUUUCCCAGUUCCCUCCAAUGCCGGCAAUGUGUUUUUCCUACCUGAUGACAAUGCCUGCUGCAGCUCGUCUCGUCUAGACUCGCUGUUAUCUGCCGCUAUUCAUGCCAGUCACCUGAAUGUUGAGGAGAUCGUGGAGUACGUGCGCGUUAAGACCAACUGGAACUUGAUGGUCAUGAGGUUGGAGCCGCUUCACAACGAGUAUUCCAUGGUGUGA